CUCCUCCACAACCUCGCUCUGGGAAUUCUGCGCCUUCACGACGACUGCUCCUCCUUCGCAGGCCGUAGAUGGUGUCCCGUCACCCAGCGUCUAGUGUGCGACGUUGAUCUCGUUCUCGUUGUACGACAUCUCGAAUCCGCUCGAUUAGCGACAUGGCGUCGCCUGCGGUGUCGACCCCUUCCAGCGCAGCCUCCCCUGCAAAUAUUGCCCCAGCACUUCCAACUAUCGCAAUCAAAGCCGCAAAUGCGGCGAAUAUGGCUAAUAUGGCUGCCAUCGCGCCAGCAUCAGGUAUCGCCGCUCCUUCGCUCGUAACGACGAAGGAAUGGGUCAUCCCGCCGCGCCCGAAGCCUGGUCGGAAACCGGCGACAGAUACACCCCCGACGAAAAGAAAAGCACAGAAUCGAGCUGCCCAGCGAGCAUUCCGAGAGAGGAGGGCUGCUAGGGUUGGAGAAUUGGAGGAACAGCUGGAGGAGACGAAGGAGGAGCAGCAGAAACGCGAGGCUGGCUUGAGGACGAAGAUUGUGAAGCUGGAGGCGGAUGUUGAGAGGUUCAGCGGCGAGGUUCAAUCGUGGAGGCUACGAUGUGAUACUUUGGAUCGGAUUGCGGAGUAUGAGAGACGGGAGAAGGAGGCUGCCCUUGCUGAGUUGGCUUACCUGCGAAAUGGGGCAAGGACAACGGGCACAGAUGCGGUUCCACUCCCUCCACGGCAUGUUCGACAGCAUGAGACCAAGGCCCCGCCACCGCAACUGUACCGGAAUCUGGUAGUCCAAGUUGAUGACAGUUCUUUUGGAUGUGGUGGAUGCACUUCUACAAGUAAUUGUGCUUGUGUGGAGCAGGCUCUGGCUAUCUCUACGGCCGGGUGUGGGAAGUGUACACCGGAGACACAUUGCGAAUGUUUGGAGGAAACUAUCAGAGCUGCAGCGGAGCUAUCUGAAUCAGCGGAACCCAAGAGAUCACACUCGCCGUCGACGGAAAACUACGCGGACAAGCGUCAACGUCACUCAGAUCCUUCUACGCCACUCGAAGUUGACUUCACGGCACAAUACUCCUCCAAGCCCACCCAAUCUUCCCAAGAACCACUCGUUCAGAUUACCCGACCACCAGGAGAGUCCUGUGGUUUCUGUGAGGAAGGAACAUAUUGCAUGUGCGCUGAGGCUGCGGCACAAGCAGCUUCCAAUCCUCAAGAUCAUCAGAACCGACUAGCACCUCUUUUGAACGAAGUUACUCCACCCCCCUCAGACACGGACUUGGAUGGAAAUGGAAUCAAGCUACCGUCACUACAGCCAAACCAGAUGCAUCGACCAGUCGCCACCACAGCGCCAGCCAAUUCCUGCGCCAAAGGUCCUGGUACAUGUCAACAAUGCCAAGCUGAUCCCAAGUCCGGGCUCUUCUGUCGGUCUCUCGCUGCAAUCCGUGCUACCUCUGGAUCAGCGGCUCCAGACGGCUGCUGCGGUGGUAAUGCCAACGGAGGAGGAUGCUGCAAGUCGUUGCCAACAGCUGCUCCAUCCCAGCCUCCACCUAGCUUGAGCUGCGCGGAUACCUACAAGACCCUCUCGACUCACAAGAACUUCGAUCAAGCGAGCGAGGAACUGAACGUUUGGCUUGGGAGACUACACGCUACACCGCCUGCUCAUGCUGGACGAGCGCCGAUGGAAGUCGAAGCUGCGAGUGUUAUGGGUGUGCUGAAGUUGUUUGAUCGAAGAUUCGGCCGGGGAUGAGAGAUGUUGAUGAAAAUGAUGUGAUGUAGACAUUACCAGCAUACUUAUCUGUGUAUUUGCAUUGGUAGUCAUGGGGAUGAUUGAGCUUGAUCUUCAUUGAAAAUUCGAGGAAGGAGAUUCGAAGUGAUCGGUUCUUGGGGGUGCAUCAUCGAGGGGUAGUCUUGGCACACCCGCUCACAUCCUGGCGUUCUGAUGGUGUUCAUGGCUGUACGGAAUACGGAGUAACCUUACAUAAUUGCAAAUCAAGCAUCUUUAUAUAAGUUGUGAAGACCAACUGUACAAGC